CUAGAAAAAUUACUGAAGUACGAAACCAACUCUACAAACAGUGACAGAUGACUGGGACAAGAGCAUUUUUUCAAAGAAAUCAAAGUAAACUUGCAACAGACGCUUCUGUCUCUUCCGUGAAAAGUAAAGAGAAAUGUAAUAAACAAAUCUGAGAAUUUAAAAAGUGGGAACAGCACAAAGGUCAGACGGUUCCUUGUAGCUGUACCCAGGAAUGGGGUGGAUAGGGUUAAUGAGUGAGGUGUUCCUGCUGAGCGAGUCACACCUGUGAACCUGGAUCAUGGAGUCCGCAGAGCUCACUUGUCGAGGGAGACAUUCGGAGUCGCUGUAAAGGAGGACAGAAAAAGAAAGUAAAACUUCUCCGAGUGCGAUAGCGAAUUUUAAUUUCGAAGGAAGUAAAUAUUGCCUCAAACCUGGUAACCAAGCCGAUCGAGCAUUCAUCGUGUGGUACUCGCUUUUUAUAUUGACACACGGUGGUGAAGGUUGAAUUGAAGAGCACUUUGCUUUGAACCAACAGAUAUUAAGAUUGUUACCACUGGUGAAGUUGUUGGCAGCCAAUGGCACGUUACAGAUACUUCAUAUUUAAUCAGCGUGGUAUGAUUAUCCUGGGAUUUCUGCAGAUAGCCUGUGCUGCAGUGUGUGUAGUGUCUGGCUUUAUGGAUACAAUUUUUAGAAAAAGUUCAGUACUGAGUAGAACUAGAAUCCCCGUCUGGACUGGAAUGGCAAUGGCCAUUCCAGGAGUUCUGGCAUUAUUUUCUUCUCAGAAAAAGAAUCCUAUUCUUGUGAGCAGUAUGGUUGCAUCAGCUGUAUUUUCCUGGAUUACUACAACUGUUUUGAUAAUAUAUGCAGCUUUGACGUUGAACUAUGGUGAAGAUGAUGAUGAGGUGUUCCAACAUAAACCCAGUCAUGUUAUUCAUCUGGAAUAUAUACUGACCAAAUUUGUCCAGGGAGCAAAUAUGGCCAUAUUAAUUGCAUCUGUGAUUAGUAUGAUGACAACAACCAUAAUAGCAUUUCUAGGUUGUCGGAGCCUUCCCAUUUGUGGAUGCUAUGACAGUACAACUGGAAUGCAGUCAUUGAUAACAGAGGAUCAACAGCCUCAAACAAUUGAAUUGGUGUGUACCUGGCAAGGUCCCCACGGAGGUGCUGAUCUGAGCCUGGCUUGCGCACAACUUUCACCCAGUCUGAUGCAAACUCCAAGCCAAGAAAUUGCGGCAGCCAGCUCUCAAAGAAGCUCGCUGGCUGGUCAUCUUCCGCUCCCUCUGGCAGCCCCACGACGCAAAGAUUCUUCUUCCUAUCUCUGUCCUCGAGGUCGUCGACUUGUUCCAGUAAGGCUUUCCAGCUGCUACUUGUGCUUCUGGAGCAUGGCCGAGAUUGGGUCCAGUCUACCACGGAACUCCUCCUCAAUUGACGACUCGAUCAUGUCUCGCAGUUUUGCAAACUCUGCAGCAGGGCCUGGUGAGUGAGCGACUCCGAUGGACUAGCGGAGGGAUCUGUAGCUGUGGAUACGCAAGUGUCUGACCUCUCCGGUGAGUGUCCUGUGUCUUGGGACUUGCUGGAACCUUUAUCUUUAGUCAUAUUUCUUUAAUAAAACAGACUUUAAGAAAUUUGUAGAAGUUCUGUAACUCGUUAAAUGCUGAAUUUUCACUGAAAUAACUCACCGAGGUGAGAGUGCUACUUUGCUGGGCUGAGAUGCAGAGCUCAGCAAAGCAGGCCUCUCAGAUCGCCGCCAUCUUGGAUCCCCCUGCCUUGCAUAUACUUAAUGACCCAGCCUGUUUGUCCCUGUGUGGAAAAGAAUUCUUACAUUAGGAAGAAAUUCAUUCUCAUCUCUGUCCUAACUGGAUGACCUUUUACUUUGAGAUUAAGUCCUUUACAGAACAACCUCAAUUAUCCGAACAAGACAGGCAAGGGAGUAUUUUGCUCGGAUAACGGAUGUUUUUACACGACUUUGAGAUCUUGUUCGGAUAACCUGAAAUUCAAAUAAUUGAUGUUCGGAUAAUCGAGGUAGUUCUAUACUCGGAGACACACAAGGGGAAAUGCCCUCUCUGCAUCGAUCUUGUCAAGCUCCCUAUGAAUCUUCAAUAAGGCCACCUCUUAUUUUCCUAAAAUCCAGAGUACAGGCUCAACCCCUCAACCUCAAGAAAAUACCUCCAUACCUGGGAUUAACCUAGUGAACGUUCUCUGGUUUGUUUCCAAUACCAAUAUAUCUUUCCUUAGAUCAGCGGACCAAAACUGUUUAGAUGUGGUCUAACUAGUGCCUUGUAUAAUGUUAGCAAGACUCCCCUAUUUUUAUAUUCCAUUCCCUCUUUCUUUUAGAAAGGCUAACAUUUUGUUUGCCUUCUCCAUUAUCCACAGAACUUGAUGCUAGCUAGCUUUUAAUGUUUUAUGCACAGGGAUUACAAACUCCCUCUGCUGCAGUUUUCUGGAUCUUCCUCCACUUAAACAAUAUUCAGCUCCUGAGUUAGUCUUGCCAAAGUGCAUAACCUAAUUUCCUGCAUUAUAUUCUAUUUGUCAAGUCUUGCACACUCAUUUAACCAGUCUAUAACCCUCUCUGCAAGCACUGUGUCAUACUGACCACUUGCUUUUUCACCUGUUUUUGUGUCAUUUGCAAACUUCACUACAAUACAUUCAUAUCCCUCAUCCAAGUUAUUUAUAUUGUAAAUAA